AUGGUGCAUGAAGCUUGGAGGAUGGCGAAUAAGAAGCGUCUGUUAGUUAUGAAGAAGACUAUUUCAGAAGAUAUUUUUGGUGGAGUUGAAGAAACAGAAAGUGCCAAGCAGUUUAUGGAAUCCAUUGAAAGGAAGUUAAAGGAACCUAACAAGGAUGAAAUGAUGAACCUCUUGUCUAGACUACCUAAUACGAAGUAUGAAGGAGGAAGCGUGAGAGAUCUCAUGGGACUUGUGGAUAUUGCUACCAAAUUGAACAGGCUGAAAAUACCUAUUGAUCUGACUUAUCUAAUGAAAUUCACCUACAACACCUUGAAGGAGGGUUGGGCAAUGGAUGACUUGAUUACAAUAGCUGUUCUUGAGGAGAAUAGGACAAAAGCUUAUGGUAGUGUUGUUAACAUGGUCACUGCCAAGAAGUAG